AUGAUCAACUCAAAGUGGGAAUUCACGACUGCUUCACUGAUCUUCUGUGUGGUUGUAUUUGGCCAGACCUCGCUAUCGUCGGCGACUUCCGAACCACCAUGGUGGUUACACAAUUCCCCUCGUGUCUUCCGUCACAUUGCUCAAGACCAGCAGAAAGCUCAAGGACAAAAUUGCAAAAAUCGCACAUUGCUGAACGACAGAGACAAGGCUUUAUGUGCGAUGAGUCAAGACAUCCAGAAGAUUGUCGCCGCCGGCGCUCAAGUUGCGUUUGGUGAGUGUCAACAUCAAUUCAAAAUGCGCCGCUGGAAUUGCACCAUCCCCGAACUGGACGUACAGGAGCUGCUGAAUUCCAGCAUUUUGGCAAUAAACAGCAGGGAAAAGGCGUACUUGUACUCGAUUUGUUCCGCCGGGGCGGCCUACGCGAUUUCGAGGGCCUGUGCCAAAGGAGUCUUGCCGCUUUGCUCUUGCGACGAACGGAUUCGAAGAACGUCGACGAACGGCUUGUUUGAAUGGGGCGGAUGUUCCGAAGUGCUCCAAGGGCAGAUGCAGCUGAUCUGCAAGUGCCACGGAGUUUCCGGCGCCUGUACCACGAAGGUCUGCUGGAAGAAAAUGCGGAACUUCCGAGCCGUCGGCAACGCAUUGUUUGACAAAUUCGAAGGAGCAACGUUGGUUCGUUACAAGAUGCAGAAAAAUCGUCUACGUCCCACCGAGAAAUACAUUAAAAAGCCGACGAAGCGGGAUUUGGUAUACCUGCAACAGUCGCCGGAUUAUUGCAAUUACAACAAAACAUAUUUUUUCCGCAGCUUGGGAAUCUCAGGCACGUCUGGAAGGGAAUGCAAUAAAACCAGCCUUGGAACGGACGGAUGCGAAAUCCUCUGCUGUGGACGAGGGUACAAAACGCUGGUUAGAGAGAUUCAGGAAAAAUGUGACUGCAAUUUUUCCUGGGAUGUUACCCGAGUUGUUUGCAAGUGGUGCAUCCGAAUGCUUGAGGAGUAUCACUGCAACUGA